AUGUGCUCCGGGAUCCCGGCUCUCCUGCUGCCCAUCUGGCUCUCCUGGACCCUGGGGACGCGAGGCUCAGAGCCCCGCAGCGUGAAUGAUCCUGGGAACAUGUCCUUUGUGAAGGAGACGGUGGACAAGCUGUUGAAAGGCUACGACAUUCGCCUAAGACCCGACUUCGGGGGUCCCCCGGUCUGCGUGGGGAUGAACAUCGACAUCGCCAGCAUAGACAUGGUUUCCGAAGUCAACAUGGAUUACACCUUGACCAUGUAUUUUCAACAAUACUGGAGAGAUAAAAGGCUUGCCUAUUCUGGGAUCCCUCUCAACCUCACGCUGGACAAUCGAGUGGCUGACCAGCUCUGGGUGCCUGACACAUAUUUCUUAAAUGACAAAAAGUCAUUUGUGCAUGGAGUGACAGUGAAGAACCGCAUGAUCCGCCUCCACCCCGAUGGGACGGUGCUCUACGGGCUCAGAAUCACCACAACCGCAGCAUGCAUGAUGGACCUGAGAAGAUACCCUUUGGAUGAGCAGAACUGCACUCUGGAGAUUGAAAGCUAUGGCUACACCACGGAUGACAUUGAAUUUUACUGGCGUGGUGGUGAUAAGGCUGUUACUGGAGUGGAGAGAAUUGAGCUCCCACAGUUCUCCAUCGUGGAGCAUCGUCUGGUCUCCAGGAAUGUUGUCUUUGCCACAGGUGCCUACCCUCGGCUCUCACUGAGCUUUCGGUUGAAGAGAAACAUUGGAUACUUCAUUCUCCAGACCUACAUGCCCUCUAUCCUAAUUACAAUUCUCUCAUGGGUAUCCUUCUGGAUCAAUUAUGAUGCAUCUGCGGCUAGAGUUGCCCUUGGGAUCACCACCGUGCUGACCAUGACGACCAUCAACACACAUCUUCGGGAGACGUUGCCCAAAAUCCCCUAUGUCAAAGCCAUUGACAUGUACCUCAUGGGCUGCUUUGUCUUUGUGUUUCUGGCCCUUCUGGAGUAUGCCUUUGUCAACUACAUUUUCUUUGGAAGAGGCCCUCAAAGGCAGAAGAAGCUUGCGGAAAAGACCGCCAAGGCAAAGAAUGACCGUUCAAAGGGUGACAGCAACCGGGUGGAUGCUCAUGGAAAUAUUCUGUUAACAUCGCUAGAGGUUCACAAUGAAAUGAAUGAGGUCACAAGUGGCAUUGGUGAUACCAGGAAUUCAGCAAUAUCCUUUGACAACUCAGGAAUCCAGUACAGGAAACAGAGCAUGCCUCGGGAAGGGCAUGGGCGACACAUGGGGGACAGAAGCAUCCCGCACAAGAAGACCCAUCUACGGAGGAGGUCUUCACAGCUCAAAAUUAAAAUCCCUGAUCUAACCGAUGUGAAUGCCAUAGACAGAUGGUCCCGGAUCGUGUUUCCAUUCACUUUUUCUCUUUUCAACUUAGUUUACUGGCUGUACUAUGUUAACUGA